AUGAGCGACAGCGGCGAGCGGGAAUCCCGUUCUGCUUCCAGAAGUGGGAGUGCCCACAGAUCUGGAAAAUCCGAGAGCCACAGCCCUGCAAGGUCACGGUCCAAGGAGGAUUCCUCGCGCUCCAGAUCCACGUCGAGAUCCACGUCGAGGUCCACGUCUGAGUCUCCAUGGAGAUACAAAAGAAGCUCUCGAAGGCAGCCAGCCAGAUCACGGUCUCGGUCUCGGCCUCGGUCUCGCUCUCGCUCCCGCUCCCGCAGACGGUCCCCCAGCAAGUCAUACAGUCGAGAUUACCGAAGGCGACCUCGCCGCAGUCACUCUCCACUGUCUACCCGUAGGCGUCACGUGGGAAAUCGAGCCAAUCCUGAUACCAGCUGUUGUCUCGGGGUGUUCGGAUUGAGUCUGUACACCACAGAGCGGGAUCUCAGAGAAGUAUUUUCCGAAUAUGGCCCGAUUGCAGACGUGUCCAUAGUGUAUGACCAGCAGUCUCUGCGCUCCCGGGGAUUUGCCUUCGUCCACUUUGAGGCUGCGGAUGACGCCAAGAAGGCUAAAGAGCGUGCCAACGGAAUGGAGCUGGAUGGGCGGAGGAUCCGAGUGGAUUUUUCUAUAACAAAAAGACCCCACACCUCAACUCCUGGAAUCUGCACGAGAAGACGUGCUUAUGGCAGUACCCGCCGAGGCUACCAUCGCAGCUAUGAUGACCGUGACUGUUACAGCAGAUCCUACAGAGGAGAAGGUGGAGGAGAAGGAGGGUGGAGAGCUGCUCGAGACAGGGAUCAGAUUUACUGGAGGCAGUCACCAUCCCCAUAUUACAGUCGUUGGGGUUACCAGUGA